CAUGUGCGUUAAAAAUGUAUGAUAUUUAUAUGUGAUUUAUUAUUUUAAAUCAUACUUUGAAAUCGUUUGUGUCUUUUAGUUGUAAGCAUUAACCAUAUUUACAUGUUAAAUCAACGUCCUCCAACAUGAAUACAUAUAACAGAAAUGGACCAGGUAUAUCAGGAAACACUUUUGAUCGUUGGGUACAAAGGACCAAUAUGCAUGAUGAAUCUACUAUUACAAAAGUGCAACAUCAUUUUUGGGUUACAAAACAAGCUUUAUCACGGAAAUUAGGAAAAAAAGAAGAUGAAUGUAUAGUAGCAUCUGAUGCAGAAUUAGAUGCUAAGUUAGAACUAUUUCGUAGUAUUCAAGAAUCUUGUUCUUAUUUGCAAAGAAUUAUUGACAAAUAUCAAGAAAGGUUGUGCAAUCUUGCACAAGAAGAAAAUGCAAUGGGACGGUUCCUUAAAGAUGCUGGUAAGCAAGAUAAAACUAGAGCUGGCAAGAUGAUGAUAGCAGUUGGAAAAUCAUUGUCAUAUUCUGGUCAACAAAGACUUGCAUUAAGAGCUCCACUGGGUCGAUUGUAUCAAGAAGUAGAAACAUUUAGACAGAGAGCUAUUGAAGAUACAUUACAAAAGGUUCAAGCAAUGGAAAAAGCUCGUACAGAAUACAGAGCAGCUCUGUCAUGGAUGAAAAAUAUAUCUCAGGAGCUAGAUCCUGACACAUCAAAACAGUUGGAAAGAUUUCGUAAAGUUCAAACAUGUGUUAGACAAGGUAAAAUAGCCUUUGAUAACUUGGCUUUAGAUUGUCUUCAAAAAGUAGAUCUACUGGCAGCAGCAAGAUGUAACAUGUUUAGUCAUGCUUUAGUUUUAUAUCAAAGUACACUUUUAAAUUUUUCCGAAAAAUCUGCACAAGCAUAUUCCACAAUAGCAAGCAGUUUUAAAGGCUAUCAACGAUACGAUUUCAUGGUGGUAAGAGAACUCGCUGAACCUUCCACUAAAUUAGCUCAAGAAACUGGAGGUGAUGAAGAUCUUGAUGAAAAAGACAAGUGAGUCACAUAUAAAUGGUUAAGUAAAGAGUUAGAAGUCCAUGUUAAUAUUGCAAAACAAAUUUUAUGGGAAUUCUGGCAAAGAUAUAAAGAACAGAAAAAUUUUGAUUGUACGUUUUUAUUAAUGGGUAUUUUACAUGAUGAUGGUAUGCGUAUUGAAGUUGUAAAAGAGAAAGAUUUAUUGACUGCAAAAAAAAAAUAUAAUAAAGUUGUAUGUGAGCAUAUUUAUAGUCUUCAAAAAGUACUUCCUGAAAUACAUUUACUUGGAAAUACUGAGAAUGGAGAUAUUAAAUAUAGUGCAAUUAAAUGCCUUGAGAACAAUGAGCGUAGUGAUGCAGAAAUGCACUCAUUACGUUGGGGUGUUAUAUCAAGAGAAAUUCAGUCCGUGCCUCAAGAAAGAACAACAUCAAUAUUUGAAUCAAUCAAAGAAAAGCAAGAUGUGGGUCCAGAUAAAAAACAAAUUGAUAAAAAGAAAAAUUCUGAAAACAAAGGCUUUAAUAAUUUAUUUGGAAAGAUUAUUAAUAAACAAAAAAGUCCAUCAGCAAAAUAUAUGGAAGUAGAGUUUUCUAAUUCUACAAAACAAAUAUCUAAAGAUGUUGCAUCUGAGUCUUUGAAAAAAGAUAUACGAAAGGGUGGACUUGAUAGCUUUCUUCAACAAAACAAGAAUCAAGGAUUAGGUACAGAUUGUCUGGAAAAGAAUAAAAAUACAAAUUCUAUAGAAAAAGAAAGUACAGAGAAGAAAAUUAUUUCAGAAAAUAAUAAGAAACUAACAAAGAACAUUUGUGGAAAGAAACGUAAACGUAGUAAAGACACUAAUAAUACAACAAAAAGAAGGAAACGCAUUAUAGUUCAGAGUGAAUCCAGUGAUACAGAAACAUCUGAUGAUGAAGGAGAAAAAGAACAAUUACCACCCUCACCUGAAAAUGUUUCUCCUGUAAAAGUACAUUCUGUUUCUCCACCACAAGUUAAAAUUGAAAAUGGAAAGCGUAAGGUUUUAAAGAGAGUAGAUAAAACAUUUGAAGAAGAUGGUUUUCUUGUGACAAAAAAAGUACAUGUUUAUGAAAGUUGUUCUGAAGAUGAACCAGAAAUUAUAGAACCAAAGAAGCCUGUGGCACAGGAAUUACACCCAGAAGCAAAAGCAAAGAAAAAUACUAAACAAACAACUUUAAUGACCUUUUUUAAAAAAUCAUAG